AUGCAGCAAUCACCCAAACGAUCGGUCAUCAAGCAUCCGCAUGACUUCCAGGGUGCGCAGGUGAUGCCCAGCACUGCAAACGCUCUCGCCGAGGCGGCUGGCCGCUCCGGUCCUUCUUCAUCCUACAGUAACGCGGACCCUUCUUCGUCUACGCCCAACUAUCUCAAGGGCGUCGAAGGUAUCGGCGGCACGGAUGGCGCCUUUACAGGUCUAGCUGGCAGCUUCGACUUUGCCGAUAUGACGCUCGUUCCGCAACGCAGUGCGCCAGCUCCACCGAACAGCAACAUGGCCUCCAAUCCCAACUAUGCUUACUCGGGCGCAUCCGCCUCGACAUCCGCGUCGCCCUCAUCGGCAUCCACUUCGUCCUUCACAAAUGGCUCUUCCAACGGAUCCGGGGCCUAUCGUCCCAAGCCAACGCUUAACACGUCCGCGAAUGCUUUACAUGGCCCCAAAUCUGGUCUCCCCACUCAGACUGGCCUUCCCUUCAGCGUGUCGGGCCUCGCCAACAAUCCGCCGGCUGCAUCCCCCAUCAAUGGUCCAAGCUCGGCGUCGCCAUGGUCAUCCCAAAAUUCAGCACCUCCGGCCUCCAAUGCACCUUUUCCGCCGCGGCCGGUGCGAUCCAACACGUCCGGUCCCGAAACGUUCCAGACCAUCUCGUCUGUCAGCGCGUCUCAACAUGUCGCACCCGUCAUGGCGCAACGCUCCCACUCGAGCAUCGGUCCUCAGCAACACCACAUGUCGCCCAAUCUGAACCAGUCUUCUCCUACACUUGAAGGAGACUCGGUUCCUCCUCUCACCACCCAGAGCCAAAUCGUCCAAGGCAGCAGAGACCGCGAGAGGAGUCGCGAUGGCGCCGCAACACCGGGAGGCAGGAACACGUUCAAGAGUGUCUUUGGCGGCUUCGUCAACUCGAUGAGCGAUGUGUUCUCGGCUCAAAAGAAGAUCGAGAUCUCGACGCCAUAUGACCCGGUGCAUCUUACACAUGUCGGCUUCAACUCGGACACGGGCGAGUUCACAGGUCUUCCAAAAGAAUGGCAGCAACUCUUGCAAGAAUCAGGUAUCUCGCGACAGGAUCAGGAAGCGAAUCCGCAGGCGGUCAUGGACAUCGUCGCCUUCUAUCAGGACGCCACCAAGAGCGACGGCACUACGGACGUUUGGAAGAAGAUGGGCGCAGCAAAGGGCAACAACGCUCCUGGCACACCACGCACCGAUGUCAGCAGCGACGAUGGCGCUUUCAAAGGCCCGACACAACCCAUUCUUUACGAGAAGCCCCGAGCUGCACCUGCGCCGCCUGGAGGCAUGUAUGCCAAGAGGCCAGGAGACAUCACCAGCCCCGAUCUGCGACAGGCUCCCAGUUCGGCAAGCAGCUCUGCAGAGACUUUGCUCAAAGCCUCGCGUCCAGCCCCCGCUCCCGGUGGACCUGCAGGUGCCAAGCUGAGCUCACCAUCGCUUGGGUCCAAGCCGGGCUCUGCUCCGCGUGUCCCCGACGUUGCUGCCGCUGGCGCUCCUGCGAACGGCGCCGCCCCCGCAUCUGCAGCCUCCGCCUCCGCUUUGGCAGCGAGCAAGAGCGUGAAGGCCCAAGGCCCGGGCGCUGUGCCACGCAGGCGAGAAACCAAGAAGAACACCAUCAAGGAUUCCGAGGUCAUCGCGAAAUUGCAAGCAAUUUGCACCGACGCCGACCCGACCAAGCUGUACCGAAGCUUGCAAAAGAUCGGUCAGGGCGCCAGUGGCGGUGUCUUCACAGCAUACCAGGUGGGGACCAACGUGUCGGUGGCCAUCAAGCAGAUGAAUCUGGAGCAGCAGCCGAAGAAGGACCUCAUCAUCAACGAGAUCUUGGUCAUGAAGGAGUCGCGCCAUCGCAAUAUUGUCAACUACAUCGACUCUUUCCUCUUCAAGGGCGACUUGUGGGUGGUCAUGGAGUACAUGGAGGGUGGCAGUCUUACCGACGUCGUGACCUGCAACAUCAUGACCGAGGGUCAGAUUGCCGCUGUCAGUCGCGAGGUGCUUGAAGGCUUGCGCCACUUGCACGAACACGGCGUCAUUCACCGCGACAUCAAGUCGGACAACGUGCUUCUCAGCUUGCAAGGCGACAUCAAGCUCACCGACUUUGGCUUCUGUGCCCAGAUCGGCGAGUCGCAGGCCAAGCGUACCACCAUGGUGGGCACACCAUACUGGAUGGCUCCCGAGGUGGUGACGCGCAAAGAGUAUGGACCCAAGGUGGACAUCUGGAGUCUGGGCAUCAUGUGCAUCGAGAUGGUAGAAGGCGAGCCGCCAUACCUCAACGAGAACCCGCUGCGAGCGCUCUACCUCAUUGCCACCAACGGUACGCCCAAGAUCAACAAUCCGGAGAACCUGUCGAACACGUUCAAGGACUUCCUCAAGACGAGUCUGGAUGUGGAUGCGGAACGUCGUCCCGACGCGGUCGGCAUGUUGGCGCAUCCCUUCCUGAAGCGAUCCGAGAGCUUGCGGACGUUGGCGCCGCUGAUCAAGGCUGCGCGCGAGCAGACGCGCAAGUCGUAG